GUUAUACAAUAUUGAUAAGCAGGAUGUGCCCUAGAGCGCGACAGGGGCUCAACAUGACCAUGUUGGCUGCGACAAGAGCUUGGGAGCCCUACAGUAUAAGCUGAUGCUGGCUUUAGACCGUAGGAAAUACCGAUUACAAAAGCUUGGUGAGCUGGGGAAGGUGGAACUGGCGACCAGCCAAUGAAGAAAGCCCUGGCCGUCCCCAAAGAAGAAUGGCCAUUUCUCCUAACUUUAAGCAGCCAUAUGUACAUCGCAUUUCCCAAGAGGCGAGGCCAUAUCUACCACACAGACUGCAAAGAAUCCUCGAAAUGUCCACACCGCCUAAGCUCCAGAUGAGCGAUUUUUCGCAGGAGCUAAUCGACCAGCUGUGCCUUGCGAUUGAGGAGAAGGUCGAGAAGAAUCUCGAUGUAAUAAUCCAGAAGAAGGUCGAGGCGGAGGUCGAGAAGCAGGUCGAGAAGGUCAUGAAGAAGCUGCGCGAGGAGCUGCAACCGCGCGACGUCCUUACGGAGGCUCUGGGGGCCUUGUAUGCUUUCAUCAUGAGGACGAGCUCGAGGGCACACGCUAAGCAAGCGUGAGCGCUCCUGCUCGCAGACGGGCGGGGCCGGUCGGAACCCUCGGGGCUGGGCCGUGGGGCUGGGCCUGGUGCAGAUCCUGUAGGAGAGCCCGCGGGGAAACGCGGCCUCUCGUUUGCCCUCUCGGUUGUGCUGCUGCUGAUGCCGGUCGUUAAGCGGUUGGUGAAGGGUUUGGGCUGGCGGAACUGAUGGGAACUGGUGGCGGAACUGAUGGGGUGCCUACGGGUUAAGGACGCGAGUUACAGUGGAAGGGACAGGCUGGCGCACAUCGCACCCAGUUCAGGUAUGUUGUGUUGUUCCAUGUGUCAUCAUGCAUGCUUAACUCGUUCCUCUCUGGGCCGGAGACGGUCUCCGGCCCAGAGAGGGUUAAGCAUGCCGUCUCCGGCCCAGAGAGAAACGGGUUAAGCAUGCAUGAUGACACAUGGAACAACACAACAUACCUGAAUCCCUAUGCACUAUGCACUCAUGCAACUGAUGCAAGUGAGUCAUCAGAUUUAAUACUUUGGAUGCCUAGAUAGAGUGGACGUGCGCGCGUGGCCUGACAUUUGAAGGGACAGUUAGAAGGGACAGCUGCCUCAGUGCAUGCAGGGGUCUGAUGCUGCAAGGCAGCAUGACACAGUACUAGAACUGUAUUCUCAAGAAGCAGUUGUUUUCAUGCGCGAAGCAACGCGCUCUUUCUACCAUGCGAC